GGCGCGCCAUGCCGUGAGUCCAGCUUUUCUCUUGUAUUUAAUACCUUAAUCUGUCCGCCUAAAUACUUGCCCACCUGGACUAUUGUCCGUAGCUCGCCGACUCUGCACCCAGCAAGAUGCCACCCCGCGAACGCCUCGUCCGCAAGGCGCCGCUCAUGGAGCGUGUGCGGGCGUACCUCGACUUCCACGACUGGCUACUGUGGAUUUCGGAAGAGCUUAAUACGAACGACUGGGAGGACUUCGCCAAAGACUACGCCUUUAUCAUCGGCUUCGUCUUCAACUUGGUCUACAUCGUUGCGCAGGCGAAUACCGCUAGCGGUCCCCGCAACGACGACAUACUGCUGGACUCAGUCAGCGGACCCGGAUGGUUUACAUGGUUCUCGAGGCUCGCAGUGACGGCUCUGUCAAUCGUAGCUUUCUUGAACGGCUUCCUCACGUUUAACAAGAAGCGACACUACCGCCUGUUUGAGCAGCCCAUCGAAACGGCUCCGUCCACGCCAUCUGCACACCGAGUGCGAGUCGAUUCUUCGCCGGCCGCUGUAACCCCGUUGCGCUACUUCCAGAAUCUUCUGGGCUCUGCUUCUGCCGACUCGCGCGCUCACCCCGAUGCUGGCAGAGAUGUGUGGGAAAUCUCAGUCUGGGACCCCAAUCCGCUUUGUCUCGACAUGUUCUGUCUUUUCAGUCCCCUACACGUCGUCCUGUACUGGCUCAACCUGCCAGUGCCGCCUAUGGAUCAGCAGCCCAGCAUUCGGGUGGUCACCACCAUCGCCGUCGGCGCUUUCCUUUCUUUUUCACAGUGGUACUUGAAAUCCUCCUUUGCGAAUCAGAUCCGCGACAACGGCGUAAUUCAGCGCGAGGUACUCCAUGAGUACGACAACAAGUUUGUCCACCCGUCGACACAGAAACUAUACCGUGACGUCGGCAUCCAAGCCAUCUCCAAGAACCGAUCUCGCGACUCCAGCGUCGGCGUCCGCGGCAGCAGUGACGACCUCGCCUCACAAAUCACCACAUAUACCCCGACGACCAUCAUUAACCGCACUUUCCGAACAAACCCGAACCCCGUGUACGCCUCGCAGUACGACCCGGACAACCUACGCUCGACGACCCUCACACCAUCCGCCAGACCCUACUCCAACGCGAACUACUCCACCACAUCUACCGCAACCGGCGCCGACUUCUCCUCGCCCAUCCGACCCUCUCACACGCCGAACCCCUUCCGCCAGUCGCAAGCACAGCCGCAAUUCCGCCCAUCCAACAACAGCGGCGACGGAGGUAGCCUCGGCGUCUUCUCACACGCGAACUCGCCGCUGCGAAAAUCAGCCUCUACAAACUUCGUGCGCGACCGCGAUGAUAGAGGCCGCGAUAGUCUUGUAGGUCACGGCGUGGAGCGGAGAACAGGGACCCCUGCGCGCAGGGAAGGCAGCCCGCUGAAGCGCGUAAGCAUGCCCGGUGCGGGGUUGAAGGCGAGUGGGGGUGAGAGUGUGGGUAGUGCGGCGGACAGGUUUGCGAGGUGGAACGGGGGCGCGGGGAGUAUGAGGAGGGAGAGUGGGCGGUUUUAGCGUGCCAAGAGGAGGGAGAAGAAGAAGAAGAAGAAGAAGAAGAAGAAGAAGAAGAAGAAGA